CUUCCUUCAGUCGCCAGUCGCUGUGUGCAUUAAGACAGCGAAGGUGCACAUUCUAACUGCUAUUUCCAGUGUUGGUUAAUUUUCAUCGACUUUUUUCACCUGUGACGCAUCUGAACUGGUACUGUUUAAGAAGAGUCUGUUAACUUGUAUGGGGAGGUCAAAAUGAGUAGAUAUGGCUCUGAAACCAUGCUCAGUUCAAUGGGAAGAAGAACCAAUUCCAGGCCUGAUAUCACCAGCUCUUUCUCCCAAAGGAGCGAGGGACCCAGAGGCAAUGGGCAGCAGGAAUAUCACACUGAAUAUGCAUUGGGAAGGGAGUUCUACAAGGGUGGAGGCCAACAAGUCAUCGGAAGCCAAGGAGAUUUCCUUCUGCGCCAGAGCAAAAUACAGGAGAUGAUAAGAGUAUGCAGUGAAAAACUGAAAAAAGCAGAGUCAUUUAUACAGUUGGAUAAGAGGUAUGCUGAAGCUGGACAGCCUCCAAAGUACAGUAACGAAACAGACAACUACAUUGAAGUGGCGAAUGGUCUAGUUGGACGAAUUGACAUGAAUAUAAGAGACAUGAUGCAGAUGGGUCAGAAUGUAGAAGCACUGCAAGCUGGGUCUAUUCGGUUGAAAGAACAAUUAUGUGCCAUUCACUUUGCCUUCAAUAGUAUCCGAAAAACUUAUGUGAUUCCAAGAAAGAGUACUGGGUCAUGGACAGACACUUUGGCAAGCUUCCAAGAUGCUAUGGCCUGGAUAGCACAACAGAAGCGCUUCAUAGAAACUUCGCCAUUUGGGGAUGACUCCUCAGCUAUCGAUAAACAAAUUUACACCCAGAAGAAAUUUCAUAGUACACUUGAACGGGCUCCUGAAAUACAAAGGGCCAGAGCAGAUGCGAUGGGUAACAAAGCUGCUAUGAAUGCUCUGGAGCUAGAAUUUGACUCCUUGAUAAAAAUGUCCAAUGAGAGAAAUGAUCAGCUUAAGCAACUGCAGAACAUCAUUGAGGAAAUAUCUAAAGAGAUCAUGUGGGUGAAUGAGCGAGAAGAGGAGGAGCUGGUUUAUGACUGGAGCAACAAGAACACUGCUAUUGCCAAGAAACAGGAGGAUUACUCGAAACUGAUGAGCUUGUUGGAGGAGAAGGAAAAACAUCUGAAUAAACUCAAACAAAAAGUCGAUGUGAUGCUCAGAAAUAACCACCCUGCUUCUGACAAGAUUGAGGCAUACAUGGACACCCUGCAGACACAGUGGAGUUGGAUUCUUCAGAUCACAAAGUGCAUUGAUGUUCACCUAAAGGAAAAUUCUGCCUACUUCCAGUUCUUUGAUGAAGCUCAGGCAACUGAAAGUCACCUCAAGAAACGACAGGAAACUAUUAGGAAGCAGUUCCAGUGUGACAAGAACAUGUCCCUGCCUCGCAUACAGGAUUUAAUUAAAGAUCUGGAGAAAGAGAAAGAAAAUAUGUUGGAAUACAGAAGGCAGGUCCGCAGUCUGGUGACCAAAUCCAAGAACAUUGUGCAGCUGAGGCCUCGUAACCCAGACUACAAAAGCAGCAGCCCUGUCAUUAUGAAGGCCCUAUGUGACUUCAGACAGGACCAGAAAACAAUCCACAAAGGUGAUGAAGGAAUCUUGGUAGAUAAUUCACAGCGUAGCAAGUGGCAGGUGACUGGUCCAGGGGGACUGGAGAUGAUGGUUCCUUCAGUUUGUCUCAUCGUCCCUCCCCCCAAUCCACUAUGUACUAGCAUUGCUACCAAGAUUGAUCAGUACCAUGAAGCCAUUUUGUCAAUUUGUAACCAGCAGUAUAUCAACUUGAAGAGUCUUAUAGCCUGGAAAUACUGUAUGAUCGAUAUUGAGAAAAUCCGCUCCUUGACAAUUACUACGCUCCGGACAAUGCGUGCUGAAGAGUAUCGUCUGAUUAUCAAGAACCUGGAGAAGCACUACCAAGAAUUCUUGAGGGAAAGCCGGGGCUCUGAGGUGUUUGGUGAUGAAGAUAAAAAGCAGAUGCAGGAUAGUUGCAGUGGUGCAACAGAAUACUACGAAAAAUUGAUUAUACAACUUCCUAACACCACCAAACCUGAUAAAGGUAUAGACAACUAUACUCCAGAGACGACCAGGAAUAGCCAGGUCAGUCAGAACCUUCUGUCCGACCUGCAGAAGCUUCGUGUGCGUCUGGAAUAUAGCGAGUCUGGAAUGACCCAGCACAUUCACAUCCCACUGAGCGAAGACAUAGCGAAGGACUGUUACAACAGGAUUACCACUCUGGAGGGCCUCCAAGGAGAAUUAGACAAAAUCAGAGAUGAUUUCAUGAGAAUAAGAGAGAGCAAUUUAAAACAACUUUCUCAGAUUAAGGAUCCUGACACCAUAAACUUUCUGAAUGGAGAGGUUGCUUUCAUAAACAGAAAACUGACAAACCUAGAUUCUUUUUCUGGAUCCUAUUUGGAAAGACUAAAGGCACUUAGGGCUCUAUUUCAAAGUAUGGCACAAGCUGAAGAUACUAUCAAAAUGUAUGAGGCCAGGCUGACAGAAGAGGAAACCAUUUCUCUGGAUUUCUCUAAAGUAGAUGCCUACAGGGAGACAUUAAAGCAAAUGAGAGCAGAUGUGGAUCAGAAAAGAGACCUUAUCAAGUCCAUGGAAGAUGAGCUACAGAAGGCUGUGUAUUACAAUGGUCAGAUUGAUGAGUCUUUUCACAAGUGUGAUACUGACCUUUCUAAGUACAGAGAGAAAGCGGGCCAGAUGUCAGAUCGUUGGUGUAGGAUCCAGACACAGAUUGACAACAGAUAUGUGGACUUGGAGAGCCAGUUGAGACAACUUAAACACUACAGAGGAAUAAGCGAGACGCUCAGUAAGUGGACUGAUGAUACCCGGCGUCGCCAGGAUACCCUGGAGGCCACUAGAUUUGAUGAGCCAAAAGUCAUCAUGGAACAAAUGAAUGAACAGAAGGCUCUGCUCACUGAAAUUAAAAGCAAGAGAGCCACAGUUGAUGAGGUUCAGAAGAAUGCAGAGUUAAGCGCAAGCGCAAUAAAGGAUUAUGAGCUCCAGUUAGCGUCGUACAGUGCAGGCUUGGACACACUGCUGAAAAUACCUAUUAAGAAGACAAUGUUGCGGUCUCCCUCAACUGUCAUAUUACAAGAGUCUGCAGAUCUGCAAGCACGUUAUAUUGAACUCCUCACAAGGUCCAGUGACUACUAUAAAUUCCUAGGUGAAAUGCUUAAAAGCAUGGAAGAGCUCAAGAUGAGGAACAUGAAAAUUGACCUUUUGGAGGAGGAGCUGAAGCUUGCCAAAGAUGCGAAUCUUGACAACUCCAACAAGAAUAUGUUUCUGGAUCAAAACCUUUCUAAAUACCAGUCAGACUGCAAUGAGUACAGGGAAAAGCUGCUGUCCCUGGAGAGUAUCAAAAAAAAAUAUGAACUGGAGAGCAGCUCAGCUAAGCAGAAACUAGACAGCACUUACAACCAGAUCAAGGAGCUGAAUGAAACCAUAACAAGGCUCACUUAUGAGAUUGAUGAGGAAAGGAGAAAGAGAAAACUCUCUGAAGAUAGGUAUUCACAUCACCAGGAAGACUAUGAUCUCACCGUAAAGAAAAUGAAAAAGGAUCUGGAUGAUUUGAAUUGGCAAAAGAUGGACAUCGAGAAGACUGUGAAGGACAGAGAGCGAGAGAUCGAAAGGCUGAAAAUCCAGCUUCAGGACGAGGCAGCACGGAAGCGGGAAUUUGAAAUUGAGAUGUCAAAGGUAAGAAACCAGCAUAAUCAAGAAAUUAAUGAUCUUAGGAAGUCUUACGAGUCAGAGACCCAUGUUACAAAGACAACCAUUCAACAAAUAACCAUGCAAAAAAAUGAGGAAUCGAGAGAUUUUAAGCUGCAGCUUGAAAGAGCUCUAGCAGAAAAGAGGGACCUUUCAGAAGAAGUACAGAGAUUAAAAAACUCAAUCGCGGAUGUAGAGCUGCGCUGGAGGAAAACUGAAGAGGCUGCAAAUCAGCAAAAAGCAACUUGUUCAGAUGAAUCUAGGAAGAGACAGGAGAUGGAGAUGGAGAUACUUACAAUUACCAAACUUCGGUCUGAAGAAAGCUUGAGGUAUAAAGAAUCCUUGCAGGAUGCCUUAAAGGCUGUUCAGGAUAAAGCCAAGGAUAUUGAGAGGCUCGAACGUUUGUUAGAAGAGGAAUCGAGAAAGAGGAAAGAGUUAAUUAUAGAGAUACAGACAAUUACCAAAAAGCAAUCUGAUGAAAGCUUGAGGUAUAAAGAGUCCAUGCAAGAUACUUCAAAGGCAAUUCAAGACAAGGUCAGAGAGAUUGAGACACUGAAACAGUUAUUAGAUGAGGAAUCAAGAAAGAGGAAAGCCGCAGAGUGGGAAAAUGAUAAAUUGAAACAAUCUCAAAUUGAUCUGCAGAAAAAAAACACACAGUACACUGAAACAGUACAAAAACUAAAGAUAUCGGAGCAAGAGCUGAAUGUUGUUAGGGUUCAUCUGGACAAGGUAUCCAGAGAGAAAAGCAGAGCCGAGCAAGAUGCUGCUCAGUUUCAAAACAGCUUAAAAGAAAUCCAAUUUAGAAAGGAAAAACUAGAGGAUGAGCUUGCUGUGCAUAAAAAAGCUGCUUUGGAAGAGAGCUCCAGGCGAAAAAGGUUAGAAGACGACCUAGACCAAAUGAGAUGUGCAUGCAAAGAACAUACCAAUACAGUCAAUCAGCUCAGACUGAAGAUUGAAGAAGUCUCCAUUGUGAAGCAAAGAAGUGAACAAAACCUGAAGGGUCAACAGGAGUCCUUGGAUAAGACCCUGAAGGAAAAGCAACAAACCAUUGAUGAACUUAACCUCCUGACAGCUGAACUGAAAGCCUUGCAGCGCAAGUUUCUCCUGGAGCAGGAGAAUGUAAAAGAAGCCAAUCAGAGAAAUGAGCAAUUGUACAGAACAAUAGAAGAAAAGAGUAAGAUUGUGAACGACAGCAAAUCUGAAAUAGACAGGCUGCAGUCCCUCACUCAGAACCUCACCAAAAAGCAUUUGCGGUUAGAAGAGGAGCUAAGAAACCUGAGAAAGGAAUUGGAUGACGUGAACAUGAAUAAAGAUAACUGUGAUAGUGAUAAAACUGCUCUGAUUUCCGAGCUGCAGCUUCAACUGCAGACAAGCAGCAAAAGAACACUUGAGCUCCAGGGGCUCGUUAAUGAAUUAUCAAAGGAAAGGGAGAAGUUCAGACUGGAAAUGGAAAAAUUUCAGAAACAAACUAUGGAGUCAUCCAACAUGAUCCACGAAAGUCAGACCCACUACAAUGAACUUAUGCAAGAAAAAGAAAUGCUUUUGGUGAAGAUAAAAAUGCUGGAUCAGGAUAAGACAAGACUGCAGAAAUAUGAAGAUGAACUCAGUCGAGUCAAAGCAACACUUGAAUCUGAAUCCCGUCUGAAGCUGCGUCUGCAAGAUGAAUACAAGCAGCUUCAGAAUGACUUUAGUUACUGGAAGAAUCAAUGUGAAAUGAAAGAUGAACUUGUUAGAAAAUAUAAUCUAGAGAAAGAUAAGAAUGAGAGGGAUAGGUACUCCAUGAAAAGUGAAAUUGAUAGGCUUCUAGCAGAGCUAAAAGCUAGUGAUGAAAGGUACAAGCGUAGGCUUGAAGAUGCAGAGAGAGAAAAGUCAGAUUUACAAUCCCAGCACAUAAAAAUGGAAAAGGAAAUCUCUACUCUUCGCCAAACCCCAGUUACUUGUAACUGCCAAACAGAUUCUUCAAAACUUGUCUUCGAUGGCAUUCACAGGAAGAUUACAGCUAAACAGUUGUAUGAUUGCAAGAUUAUUGAUAAAGCUACAUUGGACCAGUUACUUAAAGGCCAAAAGACAGUAGAAGAAGUCGCACUAGACAUUCAACCAAGUCUAAAAGGUACAGGUGUGAUAGCUGGCAUUUUUCUUACACCUAAAGAAAAGUUGUCAUUAACUGAUGCCAAGAACAAGAACUUUCUUCAAUCAGAAAGUGCAGUGAUGCUUCUGGAAGCACAGGCUGCCACCGGCUAUAUCAUUGAUCCAAAAGUAAAUGAGAAACUUACUGUUGAGGCUGCAUAUGCAAGAGGUCUUGUAGAUAGAGAAGAUAAAGAUAAACUUCUUGUAGCAGAGUCCGCCGCUACUGGCUUUCAUGAUCCACACUCAGGCAAGCUGAUUUCCGUUGGACAAGCAAAGAAAAAAGAGAUGAUAAGUAGAAACACUGCGAUUCGUUUGUUGGAAGCACAGGUUGCAGCAGGAGGUGUUAUUGACCCAGUCAGUAGUGUCUUCCUACCAAAAGAUGUUGCACUUGAUCGUGGGUUAAUAGAUGCCGAUCUCUACAGAGCUCUCACUGAUCCACAAGUUGAUACAAUGAGUUUUAUCGAUCCAGCUACCAACAAAAAUAUCAGUUACCCUCGUUUGAAAGAAAAGUGUAGAGUUGAACUCCAUACAGGUUUACUUUUGCUGCCAGCAAUGAAGAAAAAGAUUUCAUUUAUUGGGCUAAGAGAACCUGUUCCUUUAGAUGAACUAGUAGAUUCAGGAAUUGUAGAUAAAGAUGUUGCUUCUGCUCUGGAAGCAGGUACAAUUACACAGGACGUUGUUGAUGAACAGGCAAGACCAUACUUGCAAGGCUCAAGUUCCAUUGCAGGCAUUUAUGAUGAAAUAAAUGACAGAAAACUUGGCAUCUACCAAGCAAUGCAAGAAGGCCUUCUUAGACCCGGAACAAGCCUUGAACUUUUGGAAGCCCAAGCAGCAACAGGUUUUAUGGUCGACCCAGUUAAUAAUAAGUUGAUGACAGUGGAAAAAGCAUAUAACAGUGGGUUGAUUGGUAGGGAGUUCAAGGAGAAACUCUUAUCUGCUGAGAAGGCUGUCACUGGGUACAAAGAUCCAUUAACAGGAAAUGUAAUUUCCUUGUUUCAAGCCAUGAAGAUGGGAUUAAUUGAAAAAGGCCAUGGCAUUCGUCUGUUAGAAGCUCAGAUUGCAACUGGUGGAAUCAUUGAUCCAAAAGCUAGUCAUCGCUUAAAAAUUGAUAUUGCAUACAAACGUGGUUAUUUCGAUGAAGAGAUGAAUGAAGUCUUGUCUGACCCAAAUGAUGACACCAAAGGUUUCUUUGAUCCAGACACUCAGGAGAAUCUGACUUACUUGCAGCUAAAGGAAAGAUGCAUAAUUGACAAGGUAACAGGGCUCUGCCUCCUGCCACUGAACAAAAAGAAGCAGAUCACAACAACCCAGAAGAAUACACUUCGUAAGCGCAGGGUGGUUAUUGUCGAUCCUGAUACACAAAAAGAAAUGACAGUUCGUGAAGCAUAUCACAAGGAUCUGAUUGAUUAUGAAACGUUCUUGGAGCUCUCUGGUCAAGAAUGUGAGUGGGAAGAAAUAACAAUCACAGCAUCUGAUGGUACAUCCAGAGUAGUCCUUGUGGACAGAAAAACAGGCAUUCAGCAUGACAUUCAGGAUUCAUUAGAUAAGGGUUUAAUUGACAAAACAUCAGUGGAGAAGUAUCGAUCUGGGAGUCUUACACUCACUCAGUUUGCAGGUAUGAUAAGCAGCAAGUACACUGAGAAGACCGCUGUAAGUUCUAGUAGCAGUGAGCUUGUGAGCCGGAGCUCAUCAGUGACAUCAGCAGCAUCGCCAAGUGCCUCACAGAAACGUACCUCCAGUAUGUCGCUUACCCUUUCCAGUCCUUCAGAACAGCCAGAGGAGCUCAGCCCUAUUGCAGCUAUAUUUGAUACGGAAACAUUAGAGAAAAUAACUGUCUCUGAAGCUAUUCGACGAGCAAUUGUUGAUUCCAUCACUGGGCAGCGUCUGUUAGAAGCUCAGGCCUGUACCGGAGGCAUUAUCCAUCCUGCAAACGGUAAAAAACUUUCACUGCAAGAGGCAGAGCGCCAGGGUAUUAUAGACCAUGAUAUGGCCCAAAGAUUGAAGCCUGCCGAGAAAGCAUAUCUCGGUUUUGAAGACGUCAAAAAUAAGAAAAAAAUGUCAGUAGGUGAUGCAAUAAAAGAGAAGUGGUUGCCAUAUGAAUCUGGUCAGCGCUUCCUUGAAUUCCAGUAUCUCACUGGAGGCCUUAUUGAACCUGAUGCUCCUGGAAGGAGGUCUAUGCAAGAAGUAAUCAGACAAGGCAUGGUGGAUGGGAGAACUGCAUUAAAACUUCAAGAUACCAAUAAUUACCCAAGAAACCUGACUUGUCCAAAAACCAAGCUGAAGAUCUCCUACAAGGAUGCCAUGGACCGAUCAAUGGUUGAAGAGACGACUGGUUUGAGAAUGCUGGAAGCUUCAUCUGUGUCUUCUAAAGGCAUCAGCAGUCCUUACAAUGUUUCUUCAGCACCUGGAUCUCGCUCAGGCUCCCGUGCCGGGUCACGCACUGGCUCAAGAAGUGGGUCCAGACGAGGAAGUGUUGAUCUCUCCUCAUCCUAUUCUGUCUCAUCUUAUAGCAGUGACUAUACUGGCAAUUAGCAUUCUUUCAUUUAACUGCAUUUAGUGUUAAAGCAUGUUUUAAUUUUAAAAGCUGAUUACCUGUAGACAUACUGCAUUUUUUUUUCUUUGUGCUAUUCAAAAGUGAAAACAGUACAAUACAUUGAGAUCCUGCUUUUGGUGUCAUGGGAACUGUAUUUUUAAAGUAAUAGAAAGUGCAGAUAAUUCAAAUUGUGUAUGCUUAUGUAGGUUUCAGAUAUUCAGCAUAACAUUUACAAAAUGGGAGUGGGAUUUCAUAUUUUACUGCAACAUUUACAUAAUUUGGUAUCAAUGUAUUAAUACUUGCAUGGAAAUAAAACACUCUUAUUAAA